AGCCCCGUCCGAUUUUGCCCCCACACCAUGGCGGACUACAGCGGUUUCGACAUGAGCUCCGCCGUGGACGGCCUCAUCGCUGGUGCGGCCCAAGACGCGGCAGCGGUGCCAGACAAGGCGGUGUUGGUGCAGAAGGUGAAGGAGAGUGGCAGCGGCAGGGCCCCGAGGCGAAGGAGCAGUGGUGGGGCUACUGCAAGGCGUCGGGGAACACGAACUUCGACCCGGGGCGCCACGAGGCCCCGUUCCUGCAGGGCUUCUUCGACUACGUGGAGGGGCGCGCCCCGAUGCCGUCCAAGGGCGGCGGCAAGGGCGGCGGCGGCUCCAAGAUGUUCAUCGGCGGCCUCCCCAAGACCACCACGGACGAGAAGGUGUACGAGCUCUUCGGGCACUACGGGACCGUCAAGGAGGUCAUGCUCAAGUACAGCGACGAUGGCCUGUUCCGUGGUUUCGGUUUUGUCACGUUCGAGGACCCCGCGUCCGUCGAUGCCGCCAUCGCAGGCACCAACGACAACAUGAUCGACGGGAAGUGGGUGGACUGCAAGAACGCCAACGAGAUCUCUAAGGGGAGUGGCAAGGGCGGCAAGAAGGGCGGCAAGAAGGGCGGCAAGGGGUGGGACAUGGACCCCUGGCAGAUGAUGAGCAUGAUGAUGGCCAUGAUGAAGGGCAAGGGCGGCAAGGACAAGGGCAAGGGCAAGGGUAAGGGCAAGGGCAAGGGGCCGUACUGA